CUUGGGCACAACACGGUGGGAAUACAUGGGCAUCGUCAAGGAGACCACAACCUUAGCUUUGGCGACAUACAUAUAUCAAAGCUUCCGAAUCUAUUUACCUUACGGUCAUCCCAUCCUCCAACCAAUCCUCCAUCACCGGAAACGCUAGCCGUCUUGUCAUUUCGCCCUCCAUUACCGGAAACGCUAGCCGUCUUAUCAUGUCGCCCUCCAUCCCCACCAUCGCCAUAACAGGUAUCAACGGCUUCAUCGCUACCGAUCUCGUCCUGCACUUCCUCUCUCGCAACUGGCACGUCCGCGGCUCCGUACGCACCCCAUCCCAAGCCGACAAACUCAAGUCCCACCCCCUGUAUGAGCAACACUUGACCAGUGGAACGCUUAAGGUGAUAGUCGUGGAGGAUCUGGCCAAGAGUGACUUGAGCGGGUUGCUGGAGGGAGUCGAUGCUAUUGCAGGUAUAGCGGCGCCUUUGCCUCAACUUGACAACACUACCCUUACAUGGGAUGACUACAAAGAGCCCACAAUCGAACCCAUCUUGAGAAUCUUGGGCUAUGCUCAGAAGUCUAGCACGAUCAAGAGCGUGACCUUCUUGUCGUCUGCCGCCUCUACCGUCGAUCUCACUCUUACCUCUGGCAAAGUGUACACUGAGAACGAUUGGAAUCCCUAUACCGAAGAACUUUGCAAAACUCUUGACGCCAAAAAGGAUGGGAUGGCCUCUGUCACCUGGUAUUUUGCCGCCAAGAAACUCGCCGAGCAAGCCGUCCUACGGUUUCAAGAAACCGAGAGACCUUCAUUCUCCAUUACCACGAUUUGUCCUCCCAUGAUAUACGGACCCGCGCAAUACAUUACAUCUGUAGAACAGAUCGAAAACCUCGCCGGCGGCUCUCAACAAGAAUUCCUCAACCUCUUCGCCGGCAAAACGCGCCCCCUCCCGCAUCAGUACUUUUGGAGCUUUGUCGAUAUCCGUGAUGUUUCUGAGGCCUUCUAUCUUGCCAUAACGAAGGGGAUCUCUGGAAAAUUUCUGGUUUCUGCUCAUGGUUACAACUGGCAAGAAUUCGCCGACAAGCUUCGUAAGCUUCGGCCCGAUUUGGACGCUUAUUUCCCCCUCGGCGAGCCUAAGAGAUACCCCGCUCAUGGAUGGUCUAUUGACUCGAGCAAGUCCGAGAAGCAGCUCGGUAUUCAGUGGCGAAGCACCGAGGAGACACUGCUGGCCGCUGUCGAGUUCUAUGAGAAGCUUGGGCUGUUCAAGUCGGCACCGGGGACAAAGCAGGUUUGAACAAGUAUCUGGGAUUCCAACGGCGCGACUCUAUUCGAACAUUGUCAAGAUAUUUUUCCAGCAAUACAUGUAUACUAUAUAGAAUCUUCGACA